UAAAGGUUCGUACCACUCAGUCCUUUCUUUACUUUGCUAACUCACCACUCUCUCUCUCUCACUUCAGGACUUCAAAACAAAGUCGUGCCGAAACUGCAAAUCGAAUCCCACACCAAAGCCCCAAACCCCAAUGGCCGGUGGCGGAGGUGACGCGCCGCCUCUGCCGGCGUCUAACGGCGGCGGCGAAUUCCUCCUCUCCUUGCUCCAGAAGGCCCCGCACCACCACUACCAGGGACGCUCGCCCCAACCACAGCAAUCUACGGUGAUCGAUCCCGCCGUGGCCGCCGUGGGCCCCACCGUAACGUUCCAGCAGCAGAUUCAUCGGCCGUGGGGAUCGUCGUCGUCAUCCAACGGCCGAGAUCAUCCUCCUGCUCUUCACCACCACCGUCAUCAUCAGCAGAUUCCGAACCCUUCCUGGCCCAAUUCCCAAUCUCCUCCUCCUCCUCCCUUCCUAGGGUUUCCUCAAAACCCCUACUCCUCUCCUCCCACGCCCAACCACUUCCCCCAGUUCGGCAGCAGCCAAUUCCCCGGAAAUCAAAUCCUCGCCGACGAUUUCAGGAAGAUUGGGUUUUCGACUCCUCCGAACCUUGCUCUGCAGAAACAGCACCAAGAACCGAAGCUCAAGUUUAGUUAUUUACCUGGCGAUAUUAUCCGAAAUCCGGAGUCUUCAGUAAAUGCCAUUACUUCCUCUGAAGUUGCCAAGCUCAGUAAUGGCUUGGACCGCAAUCUCCACUUGAAUUCCAACAAUUCAUCUGAGUUUCGUCGCGGGAAUUUCGAUUCAGGGGAGCAAGAAUCGAGAGGGGGAGGGGGCGGCGGCGGCGGCAGGGGGAAGCAAGUUCGUAGGACAAUGCCGCCGCCGGGGUUCGGAAACAAGCCUAGGGGAGGAGGGAAUUGGGAUUCCGGGAGUAGGAGGGGAGGUAUGGAGCACAAUGUGGACAGGGAAAGGCAGAGUUCUAGUGAAUUUGUGAGGAAUAGGGAUGCUUCUAUUGAGAAUGAGAGAGUGAAAAGACUGGGAGGUGAAGAUGGUCGAAUUCGAGGAAAUGGGGCUAGUCGAACGGGGCUCAGUGCACAGCUUGAUCGCCCUGGUCCACCCGCUGGCACCAAUCUCCAUUCUGUUUCUGCUUCGGAGAUUGAAGAGUCGAUGAUGAAUUUCGAGGAUGGGGAGAGGGCAAGAAAGGAUAGUGGCGGCGGUGAAGAUGUAAGCCAACACUUGCUUGAGGAUGAAACGGAUGACAAGAAUGAGGCAAAGCAACACCAUAAGGAUUCGAGAUCAGAUAACAGAGGACAACACCAACUUAGCCAAAGAGCGAGAUCGUACAAAAGACAAACACUAUGUCGCUUUGACAUAGACAGACUAAAUGCUCCUUUUCUUGAAAUUUUUGAAUCCUUGAUACCAACUGAGGAAGAAAAGGCCAAGCAGAAGCAAUUAUUGACAUUAUUGGAGAAUAUAAUUUGCAAAGAAUGGCCUGAAGCUCGCCUUUAUAUUUAUGGAUCAUGUGGCAAUUCAUUUGGAGUUUCUAAAAGUGAUAUAGAUCUCUGUCUGGUGAUUGGUGAAGAAGAUAUUAACAAAUCUGAGAUCUUACUACGGUUGGCAGAUCUUUUGCAGUCAGACAAUCUAGAGAAUGUACAGGCAUUGACGCGUGCUAGGGUCCCCAUAGUAAAGCUUAUGGAUCCUGUCACUGGAAUAUCUUGUGAUAUAUGCAUCAACAAUGUUCUGGCUGUGGUAAAUACAAAGCUUCUUCGUGAUUAUGCAAAUAUAGAUGCAAGAUUACGACAAUUGGCUUUUAUUGUGAAACAUUGGGCCAAGUCGAGAGGAGUCAAUGAAACUUACCAUGGAACCCUAUCUAGCUAUGCGUAUGUUUUGAUGUGUAUACAUUUCUUACAACAGCGGAGACCUGCUAUUCUUCCCUGUUUACAGGGAAUGCGGACAACAUACUCGAUCACUGUAGAGAACAUUGAAUGUGCUUUCUUUGAUCAAGUAGACAAACUUCAAGAAUUUGGAUCCCAUAACAGGGAAACUAUUGCUGAACUUGUGUGGGCUUUUUUCAAUUACUGGGCAUAUAGUCAUGACUACGCAAAUACUGUUAUAUCCGUUCGUAGAGGAAGCACAAUCAGCAAGCGGGAAAAGGACUGGACAAGGAGGAUUGGAAAUGACCGGCAUUUGAUAUGCAUAGAGGAUCCAUUUGAGACGUCCCAUGACCUGGGACGAGUUGUAGACAAGCACAGCAUAAAAGUUUUGAGGGAGGAGUUUGAACGUGCCGCUGAGAUAAUGCAGUAUGAUGCAAAUCCCUGUGUGAAGCUCUUUGAACCCUAUGUUCCUAGUGUUUAGUUGUUUUACUACUUUCUCUUUUUAUUUAUUGGAAAUUGUUUACUAGUUGAGCAUAAUUUUGGUUGCAACUACGGUAAAUUAUGCUAAGAUUGUAAACUACUUUGUUACCACAGUUCCGUCGUUGUGUGUUAUGUGUAUAGCAUUUUUGAUG